AACCUCAGUAUUAAAUAUCAAAUGGUUAAAAUAUGAAGUAAUACAACCCUAAAUAUCAGUGUGAUUUAUCAGAUGAAACAGGAGCUCCUCCGAUCAUCAGAAGUCGAGAGCCAUCGUCUCCACCGGCCCCACUCCCUCCUUUCUCGAUCUUAGCGCUCCACGCCACAUAACUUUUAUCAAACUUUAAUUCGAAACCUCUAUUCAAAGUUUAUGACCUUUGACUAAUCUCUCUCUCUCUCUCUCUCUCCCUCUCUCGAUCGAAUAGAUUCUUAUAUUCGACUCGUCUCGAAUUUUGAAGAAUUCCAGCUAGUAUUUGACAAUUCAAUCAGCUGAGACUUGUUUUUAGUCAUUGAUUUUGAGAUCUAGGGUUUUGAAUUGAGUAGCUAUUAUAUUCAAUUGUGCGCGUGUGUAUAUAUGGUUGUGAUGGAAAUGGAUAUAGCGAGGGAUGUUACGGAUUUGGACCCGGAGUUGUUGCAGCUGCCAGAGGUGUCUCCUCUGGCGCUCAAAACAAGUCCUCAAAUUGCCGAGGAGCUCUUUGGACAGUGGUUGUCGUUACCGGACACCGGUAGACUGGUAAAAUCAUUAAUAGAUGAUGCAAAAACGGGCACCAGUUUUGGUGCGUCAGGGAACUCCACCUCUACAAAUGCUUCUGGGAUUAGUCCAUUGCCUUCUCUCUUCCCUGCUGCUAAUACGCCUCCACUUUCACCAAGAAGUGCUGUAGGUUCUCCUCGAACUAUGAAGCAGAGGGCCAGUUUUUCUUCGUUGGGUUCUCCGCUAAAAUUGGUCAAGGAAAAUGUGCGGGAAGUCAUACCACAGUUUUAUUUCCAAGAUGGUCCUCCUCCAUCAGAGGAGCUAAGAGUACAGUGCAAUUCUAGAGUUGAUGAAAUUUUUAACAGAAAUAUGGAUGGUUUACAAGUAAAUGAGUUCAAAACUGUCACCAAGGAUAUAUGUAAACUACCCUCUUUCCUUUCCACCACACUUUUCUUAAAGAUCGACACCAACUGCACAGGGCUAGUAACCAGAGAUGCAUUUAUUAAAUACUGGGUUGAAAGCAAAAUGAUAACAAUGGAUGUAGCUACACAAAUAUACAAAAUCCUAAAGCAACCAGACUGCAAAUACCUUACUCAGGCUGACUUUAGACCUGCUCUUAAAGAGCUUUUGGCUACCCAUCCAGGAUUGGAAUUCUUGCAGAAUACUCCGGAAUUUCAGGAAAGAUACGCUGAAACUGUCAUAUACAGAAUAUUCUACUACAUCAAUAGAUCUGGAAAUGGCCAUCUUACUCUGAGGGAGCUCAGACGGGGAAACUUGGUUGCUGCGAUGCAGCAUGCAGAUGAGGAAGAGGACAUUAACAAAGUUCUGAGAUACUUCUCAUAUGAGCACUUCUAUGUCAUAUAUUGCAAGUUCUGGGAACUGGAUACAGACCAUGAUUUCCUGAUAGAUAAAGAGAAUCUCAUCAAAUACGGUAAUCAUGCACUCACAUACAGGAUUGUUGACCGAAUAUUUUCACAGGUUCCGAGAAAGUUCACGAGCAGUAUUGAAGGGAAGAUGGGUUAUGAAGAUUUUGUCUAUUUUAUGCUAGCAGAAGAGGACAAGUCGGCUGAGCCUAGCCUUGAGUAUUGGUUUAAGUGCAUUGAUUUAGAUGGCAAUGGAGUUCUCACACGGAAUGAAAUGCAGUUCUUUUAUGAGGAGCAACUGCAUCGGAUGGAAUGCAUGGGCCAAGAGCCUGUUCUUUUCGAGGAUAUUUUGUGUCAAAUAGUUGAUAUGAUUUCCCCAGAGAGAGAAGAUUACAUUACCAUACAGGACUUCAGAGGAUGUAAACUGUCAGGAAACGUUUUCAACAUACUUUUUAAUCUAAACAAGUUUAUGGCUUUUGAAAGUCGUGAUCCAUUCCUAAUUCGUCAGGAACGGGAAGAUCCAACUCUAACAGAGUGGGACCGUUUUGCGCACAGAGAAUAUAUCAGGUUAUCAAUGGAAGAAGACGGGGAAUCAAAUGGGAGUGCCGAGGUUUGGGAUGAAUCACUAGAGGCCCCAUUUUAGGUGAUUGAGCUGUGGAUUACUUUUUUGGCACCACCCCUUAACUGGGGUUGAUUGCUAAUUUUCACGAAUGGUACUCAAGUCGCUGGAAAUCUGGGUUAAUAUAUUCCAUCUUUGGCCAUGUCACCUGAUGCUAUUUGACCAAGUCUGAAAGGCUUUUAUGGCUUUAUGCUAUUUACUGCAAAACAAAAGCUGCUUCUGGAGUAUCAACCACAUG